AUGGCACCACCUCCCAAAGUUAUGGGAGAAGGGUCUUUAUCUCUUACAUCCUCAUUAAGUCUUGAUCAUGUCUUAGUUGUCCCUUCACUCGACUAUGACUUGUUAUCUGAUCUUCUCACCAUGACCGUGAUUGGAUGUGGUACUAGGAGGGGAAAGUUGUAUUAUCUGGACUUGACAGAAGACAGCAGUACGAGAUUGAGUCACGCACAUCAUUUUGCUGAAUCAGACUUUCAUUGUGAAACUUGCAUUUUGGCGAAAAGCCAUCGUAUUUCUUACCCAUUAAGAUUGAAUAAAAGUUCUCUGCCUUUCAUGAUUGUCCAUUCUGAUGUGUGGGGACCAUCACAAGUUCCCAUUAUUAACGGUUUUAAGUGGUUUAUGACGUUUAUUAAUGAUUGCACCCGGAUGACUUGGGUUUUUCCCCUAAAGCAGAAAAGUGAAGUCACCGCCAAAUUCAAGUUAUUUUAUCAAUAUGUUGCUACUCAAUUUGACAAGAAGAUCACUACACUUCGGUAUGACAAUGGAGGAGAGUACGUCAACCAUGACCUACAUAAUUUUUUAGGUCAACAUGGAAUUGUUCAUCAAACCACAUGUGCCUAUACACCACAACAGAAUGGCGUCGAAGAGCGUCAUCUCUUGGAGGUUGUUCGUGCCUCUUUAUUUGAGGCCUGUAUGCCUCAUUAUUUUUUGGGGGAGGCUAUUUGUUCUGCUACUUACCUCAUUAAUAGAACACCAUCCAGCACUCUUCAGUAUCAAACUCCAUUUCAGACAUUGACCACUCUCCUCACCAUGCCAUCCACACCAAAUCUUGAACCACGUGUCUUUGGUUGUGUUGCUUAUGUUCAGGUGUAUCCACAUCAGCGUGGCAAGCUUGAUCCGUGUGCAUUACGUUGUGUAUUUGUAGGUUAUGUUGACACUCAGAAGGGCUAUAAGUGUUUCCAUCCUCCCACUCAGACUAUGCAUGUUACCGCAGAUGUGACUUUCCACGAGAAAGAUACUCAGAUCAUCCAAAUUCAGCAAAAUGUUUUAAAGCAGUCAGUGUCUGAGCAACCAGCUACAGUAGUGCAACAAGAUCAAGAGUUACUGGAAACUCCAGAUAAUAGUUCAGAUAAUUUUCCUCCUACUACAGUACUAUCACCAAUCAUCCAAUCAGGUCCUAAAGAUUCCCGCAGAGGGAUUCCUAGACAACAGUAUGACCCGGACCCAAAAACAAAAGUUAAUGAAUGA